AUGAUUGAUAUUGUUUUUAUAAUUACCACCAUUAUGAGCCAAAAUGUUGGCGCUGUUGUUGUUGUUGCUGUUGUUGUUGUUGCUGUUGUUGUUGUUGUUGUUGUUGUUGCUGUUGUUGUUGUUGCUGCUGUUGUUGUUGUUGUUGUUUAA